AUGGCUGCUCUCCGAUCUUCCUCUCGCCUUGUUGGCGCCUUCUCAAGGACGGCUGCCAUCCGACCCGGCACUGUCUUUACUCGUUCUAUGGCCUCUGUCAGCGAGCCUGCCAAGGAGCCCGAGUCCAAGAUGAAGUCCUUCCAGAUCUACCGAUGGAACCCCGAUACCCCCAGCGAGAAGCCCCGUCUCCAGACCUACACUCUGGAUCUUAACAAGACUGGACCCAUGAUUCUCGAUGCCCUUAUCCGAAUCAAGAACGAGCUCGACCCUACUCUGACCUUCCGACGAAGUUGCCGUGAGGGUAUCUGUGGUAGCUGUGCCAUGAACAUUAACGGCCAAAACACCCUUGCCUGCUUGUGCCGUAUCCCUACCGAGGCUGCUUCCGACGUCAAGAUCUACCCUCUUCCUCACACCUACGUCGUCAAGGACCUUGUCCCUGAUCUGACACACUUUUACAAGCAGUACAAGAGCAUCAAGCCCUACCUCCAGCGCGAUACCCCUGCCGAAGACGGACGGGAGUACCGACAGACCAAGGAGGACCGACGCAAGCUCGACGGUCUUUACGAGUGCAUUCUCUGCGCCUGCUGCUCUACUUCAUGCCCAUCUUACUGGUGGAACUCUGAGGAGUACCUCGGCCCUGCUAUUCUGCUCCAGUCUUACCGAUGGCUCGCCGAUUCUCGUGACCAACGUACCGCCGAGCGAAAGCAGAACCUCGAGAACUCAAUGAGCUUGUACCGUUGCCACACUAUCCUUAACUGUACGCGAGCUUGCCCCAAGGGUCUUAACCCCGGUAAGGCGAUUGCCGAGAUCAAGAAGCAGAUGGCUUUCGGCAACUAA